UCUACUUAAAUGCAGAUGGACUGCUCUCUUUCUUCUCCAUCGUCUUCCUUCACCGAAAAAAACCAAGAGAAAAGUUAAUCAUCAAGAAAAUCUUUGACUUUUCUUUGUGAUCGACGAAGAUGGCCGAUGCUUUCACGGAUGAGCAGAUCCAAGAGUUCUACGAAGCCUUCUGUCUCAUCGACAAAGACUCCGAUGGGUUCAUCACGAAGGAGAAACUAACGAAGGUGAUGAAGUCUAUGGGGAAGAGUCCAAACGAGGAACAACUUCAAGAGAUGAUGAGCCAUGUCGACAUCUUUGGCAACGGAGGCAUCACCUUUGAUGAUUUCUUGUAUAUAAUGGCUCAAAACACCUCUCAGGAAGCGGCAUCGGAUGAAUUAAUAGAAGUAUUCAGAGUGUUCGACAGAGACGGAGACGGUGUCAUAUCCGCACUCGAGUUGGGAGAAGGAAUGAAAGACAUGGGGAUGAAGAUAACGGUGGAAGAGGCGGAGCAUAUGGUGCGAGAAGCGGAUCUGGACGGCGAUGGUGUUCUCUCUUUCCACGAGUUCUCCAAAAUGAUGAUCGCUGCCUCUUAUUAGCAUUUUAUAUAUCCCUAUAUAAAAGCUAUGAUAUAAGGGGUUUGUUUGGGCGAUGCUCUGCUUUUUUGAGUUUGCAAUUUCUAAUAAAGCUUCAGAUGAUAAAAAGUGGGUUUGUUUAAGCACUUAUCAACUACUUUUCAGUAUGUUAAACUUAAAACACAGAUCAAAUCGUAUGUUAAAUUAUCUUCCCAACAUAUAAUAAAAGUGUCGGUCCCAUAGAAUUGUUUUGGGUUAA